UCUGGAGAGUAAUUUUGAAUGUAUUGAAUUUCAAAAAGAAAUCAAUGAAUCCUUGAGCUAUGUUACUGGUAAGUAUCACAUCUAAUUCAAUAUUGCAUUCGCUGACGAUGUUUCUGUUAGAGAGUUGGUCCCAAGGGCCUGCGAGUCACGGCUUCCCGUCCUCUACACGAAUUGGGAGCUCUACGCGGGGGUUAUCGUGCAUAUACAGCGACGGCAAGACGUUGGCAAGAUGUAUUCCACUCGCAGAUAGAAGAUCCAGCUUCUUCGGCCAUUUUAUCUUCCCUGAAAACCACACCUCGGGUUGCGCAGACCCUUACAGAGAAAAUUGUUCAACGAUAUUCCCUUGGACUUGCAAAGGAUAAGGUUGUGAAGUCUGGAGGUAUGCAAUUACUAUUUUACAAUAGGAAACCUGGGAGACCUGCGAAUGUCGAAUUUGCAUUCGCUGUGGGAGUAGCUGUUUGGAAAAAUGUACUGACUGGAUAUGAACAGAUUAUGUUACCCUGUCUCCGCAUUACUGCAUGACCCAUGAGUGAGUCAAUACCUCCAAAGUUGUGCUCAUGAUUCUAACAUUACCUAGCAAUUCUUGGCCUGUCGCAACCAAAUUCAUGUCCAUUGGCGCAACUAAAAUCCACAAUACCAAUCAAAUAGUUUGCACCCUCGACCACGAUGUACAGAACAAGAGUGAAACGAACCUUAAGAAAUACAAACAAAUUGAGGAAUUUGCACGGCAACAAGGGGUGGACUUCUACCCCGCAGGACGAGGAAUUGGACAUCAGAUCAUGGUAGAGGAAGGAUAUGCUUGGCCUGGAACUGUCACCGUCGCUUCAGACAGUCAUAGUAACAUGUAUGGAGGUAUUGGAUGCUUAGGUACGCCUAUGGUACGAACAGAUGCGGCAAGUAUCUGGGCAACAGGUCGAACAUGGUGGCAGAUUCCACCAAUCGCCAAGGUAACUCUCACUGGAGUAUUACCGAUUGGAGUUACAGGGAAAGACGUUAUCGUUGCACUUUGCGGUUUGUUCAACAGUGAUGAUGUUCUCAACCAUGCCAUUGAAUUCACGGGAUCGGAACAAACGAUGCGCAGUCUCUCUGUCGAUGACAGGCUUACUAUCGCAAACAUGACAACUGAAUGGGGUGCUUUAUCAGGAUUGUUUCCAAUCGAUUCAGUCCUCGAGUCCUGGUUAAGAUAUAAGGCUACCACAAGCGCAAUGUUUGCACCCAAAAAUGGCAAGGAACCCCGGUUUACCCAUGCUCGUAUCGAUGAUCUCGUCCAAAAUCAGCUUGUAGCAGACAAGGGAGCUACAUAUGCUAAAUCUUUAUACCUCAAUCUUUCAACUCUCUCCCCUUACGUGGCGGGUCCUAACAGUGUCAAAAUCGCCACACCUAUCCGCGAUUUGGAAGCCCAAAAGAUCAAGCUCAAUAAGGCAUACCUCGUUUCAUGUACCAAUUCCCGUGCUUCUGAUCUCGCAGCUGCUGCGAAGGUUUUCAAGGACGCUGCAGAGUCUUCUCCUGAUAAAUCUAUUCCUAAAAUUGCAGAGGGUGUCAAUUUCUACAUCGCUGCUGCUUCCAUCCCUGAACAAGAGGCUGCCGAAGCGGCAGGUGACUGGCAAGCACUUCUUGCAGCUGGCGCACAACCCUUACCAUCAGGAUGUGGUCCUUGCAUUGGUCUCGGUACUGGACUGCUAGAGCCAGGCGAGGUUGGUAUUAGCGCAAGUAACCGAAACUUCAAAGGACGCAUGGGAUCCACCGACGCCAAGGCAUAUUUGGCAAGUCCCGAGCUUGUCGCCGCUAGUGCUCUUAAUGGCUAUAUUUCCAGUCCUGGAUGGUACGAGGCACCUGUUGGGGUGAACAAGGUCGUUCUCGGUGAAGGUAAUGGAAAUGUUGAAGAAGACAAAGCCAUUAGCAUCGAGGAAGCUCUUGAAAAACUUAUCUCACAGGCAGAGUCGAUUGUCGACGGAGCUGAGUCUAGCAUUUUCGGCAGUUCCUCGAAAUCCGACGAAACUGACGCCGAAACUUUGACUGAGAUCCUCCCUGGUUUCCCAGAAAAGGUUGAGGGUGAAAUUGUUUUCUGCGAUGCUGAUAACGUCAACACUGACGCUAUCUAUCCAGGGAAAUAUACCUACCAAGAUGGUGUCUCUGUUGAAAAAAUGGCGGAAGUGUGCAUGGAGAAUUACGACAAGGAAUUCCGCACAAUUGCUCGUGAAGGCGAUAUUCUCGUCUCCGGUUUCAAUUUCGGAUGUGGUAGCUCAAGAGAGCAGGCUGCUACUGCGAUCCUCGCCAAGAAGAUCCCUAUGGUAGUUGCUGGAAGCUUUGGAAACAUCUUCUCCAGAAAUAGUAUUAAUAACGCUCUAAUGGGAGUAGAAGUUCCAAGACUGGUACAAAGAUUGAGGGAGCACUUUGCUGCUUCUGCACCAGUGCCAAAGAAAGAAGUCAUUGAGCCAAGUGAAAACAGCGAAAGUCUUGAUUCACCAAAGCCAGCUGAACAAGCUGUACCACAAGGGGAGAAGAUGUUGACUAGAAGAACAGGAUGGAAAUUUGUAUGGGAUGUUAGACGAAGCAAGGUAGAGGUACAGGAAGGUGAAGGUGGAGAGAAGUGGAGCCAGAAGGUUGGAGAAUUACCACCAAAUGUGCAAGAAAUCAUUGCUAGAGGAGGUCUAGAGAAAUGGGUAAAGGCAGAGAUCGGGAAAAACUAAAAGUGGGCUCUUGGAUUGGGAGUUGGAAUUGUAAAUGACAUGUAUACUUGUUACCUGAUGAAUCAAAUAGAUCGGGAUGUUUCGGCCAGCGUUCGUUUGGCAAUGUGUGAGUGAGUAUAUAUAUACCAGCCUUGUUGGUCCUAAGCUGAAGAGAUUAGGAUUUAAUCAGCUAUAAGAAAAUACCUUACAAGGGGAUAUAGCAUUGAAUGAGACAUGGCUACAGAUUUCAGUUCUUUUCGAGGGGCUAGCCAUAACCAGACGCUGGUGUAUAUGUGGUGUGAAAGAUUUUCCAGAUGAGAGUACAUUCACACUUCAAAAAUGGAGCUAAGGAAAGUAGUUGACAUUAAAAUGCCUAAGAAAAAAGCGAAAAUUCUAUAACAACAUCUUUCUGUGGUAAACCCUGGAUUUCUUAUACUACAGAAGAUUGGG